AUGCCUUUAACAAAACGGGCGAUUUCGCCGGUUAACAUAAGUAGGGAUACAAUCCCGCCUUCAAUUAACCGCGAUGAGCUUCAAUGCACUGCCAAUGGAACAAUCGCCAAUCUUAUUCAUCAAUUGAGCUCUCUGAGUAAGCAUGCUGAAAACAUCUUUGGCGAUAUUUAUCAUGGCGCAAUGGUUAUUCAUCACAAAACCAGCACUCUUCAGCAGCGAAUCAAUCGAUUGCACUCAAAAGUUGAGCAGUUGGAUGCAACUACUGAUCAAGCUUCACUGAAUGAGGCAAACAUGCGGAAGGCUUUCAAAAGUUCAAUGCUUGUUGAUCAACAUAUUUUGGACAGAAGCACUCUACCAACCGCAUUAGCAGAACAAUACGCGAUUUGUGAUACGCCUCCUGAUUUAAAUGCAUUGAAUCAGUUCAGAGAUUCCCAAACGCCCGCGUUGUUGCUCUACACGAAUCCAUCAUUUUUCUUCGAACGUUGGAAGAAAGAGACGCUGAAGGAAGUAGCGGAACGGCCGAAGCGAGUGAAAAGUCCAAAUGAUGGAAGUAAAAGCCCAAAGAAACGAAGAAAGCAGCCAUCUCAGGGAAAUGGACCACUUGGAACAACAAUGUAUAAUGAUAUGCAACACAGAAAUCGGCAAAUCAGUGGAUCGAGAAUCAAUCAACAAAAUGAGGUUUUCUCGUUUCCAGAAGAAUAUCAAGCACCACAAGCACUUGGGCUUCAACUUAAUUUUAAAAAUCAAAAUCAGCACCCUGCUAAUCUCAAUAUGACGGCACCUCUUGGAAUGACAAUGCAUCAUCAUCCGCAACAGAAUGUGCAUCCAAAUCAACAACGUGGUCCGUCCUCCUCCGCUCACAAUAAUCGAGGAUCUCCGAUUAUCAAACGACCAUCAGAAGCACCUCCUUCUGCUUCUUCUGUCAAUUUAGAUAGUCUUCCUCCACCGGAUAUGUCAAUGUUAUCGAUUGAUGAUGAUGAGGAUGAUCUACCACCUCCACCACCUUCUCUUGUAAUGCAUACCUCAAUUGCUCAUCAGCUUCCCACUGAAAAUCCUUCGACGAUACAGUUUGUCGAACCAAGCGCUGCGCCUCCUACCAAUAUCCCGCCGCCACCUCCUCCGCCACCACCUCCACCACCAAUCGGCAACACUGUUGCAGCAACGUUUGCAGCACCGGUUCCAAAGAUUUCCGCGGGCGGUGAAACCAGUACUUCUAAUCCUUCACCACCGAAAGACUUGUUAGAUGAAAUUCGUUCUGGAAAAGAACUGAGAAAAACUCAAAGAGCUGAGGAACAAGCGGCUGAUAACCGUGCUUGUGAGAACAAUGUGACCGCUGUUUUGAAAAGACGAAUGGAACAAGUGCUUGGAACUGAAACUGAUUCUUCAAGCAGUGAAGAAGGAGCUGAUGAUGACGAAUGGGAUUAA